AUGCAUUCAAGAAAACAACUUGGUUAUGAAUCUACUAUAUAUGGAAGAGACACUGAUAUUGAGAAACUUAAGCAUCUUUUGUUGUCUAGUAGUAGUGAUGGUGAUACUAAAACAAGAGUCAUUUCUAUUAUCGGUAUGGGAGGGAUUGGUAAAACAACUCUCGCCCAACACCUUUACAAUCAUCCUCAAGUUAAUGACAAAUUUGAGUUAAAAGUAUGGGCAGAUUUCUCCAAUGAUGAUGAUGAUUUUAGUGUUUUUGAAAACGUUCUUGAAUCUAUUACUUCACAAACAACCACUAAUGAUACAACGGAAAUCAGAACCUUUUACCCAAACUUUUUACUGGUAUUGGAUGGUGUGUGGGAUGCGAGAUUUGUCAAUUGGACAUUACUCAUGGAUAUCUUUAAUGCUGGAGAAACAGGAAGUAGGAUCAUCGUCACAACACGAGAUGAAAGAAUUGCAAUAUCCAUGCAAACCUUUCUUUCUGUCCACUAUCUGACACCUUUGAAAGUUGAAGAUUGCUGGUCUUUACUUGCCGAAAACGCAUUUGGAGAACAUUACUACCACCAACAAUCCUAUCUAGAAGGAAUUGGCGCAUUUAAAAAAGAAAUACAUGAAGAAAUUGGAAGAAAAAUUGCAAUAAAGUGUGAUGGAUUACCAUUAGCUGCUAUAGAAUAUGGGGCUCUUCUUCGCAUCUCACUGAACCCAUAUGAUUGGAAUUAUGUGCUAGAAAGCUGCGUUCAGGAAACAGCUUUUGAGGUGCUAGCUUCUCUCAAAUUAAGCUACAAUUUCCUCUCUGAUCCUUUAAAAAAGUGUUUUCAAUAUUGUUCCAUUUUUCCGAAAAAGUCCAUCUUAGAAAAAAAGAUGAUGGUAGUUCAGUUGUGGAUUGCAGCAGGCUUACUAGAAUCAUCGUCCACGGAUCAAGAAAAAGCUGGAGAAGAAUACUUUGAUGUACUAGUGUCAAGGUCGUUGAUAUAUCGACGAUCUAUUGGUGAUGAGGAAGGACACUUUGAAAUGCACAACUUCAUCCAUGAUUUAGCUACAGAGGUUUCAUCACCAUACUGUAUCAAUAUGGACGAACAUAUCCUACAUGAAAAUGUACAUAAUUUGUCAUACAAUAGAGGGCUAUAUGACUCAUUUGAUAAAUUUGAUAAAUUGUACGGAUUAAAAGGUUUGUGUACCUUUCUAGCAAUUCCAUUACAAGAACAAUUACCUCUUGGUUUGCUAUCAAACAAGGUAGUACAUGACUUGCUUCCAACAAUGAAACAAUUACGAGUGUUGUCUCUCUCAAACUACAAGAGUAUCACUCAGGUUCCCAACUCUUUUGGAGAUUUGUUAUACAUGCGGUACUUAAAUCUUUCUCACACUAAUAUUGAAAGGUUGCCUUCUCAAACGUGCAAGCUUUACAAUCUGCAAUUCUUGUUAUUGGCAGGCUGUAAAAGGUUCACUGAAUUGCCGGAGGACAUUGGAAAAUUGAUUAAUCUAUACUACCUUGACGCAAGUAACACUGCAUUGAGGGAGAUGCCUGAGGACAUGGGAAAGUUGGUUAAUCUACGCUACCUUGACAUCAGUGACACCGUGUUGAGGGAGAUGCCUAUUCAAAUAGCCAAACUACAAAAUCUCCACACUUUGUCUGACUUUGUUGUCAGCAAACAUAAUGAUGGAUUGAAGGUUGCAGAGCUGGGAAAAUUUCCCAAUCUGCAUGGAAAACUUUCCAUCUCCCAACUACAAAAUGUUUAUGACCCCAUUGAAGUUAUCAAAGCCAAUAUGAAGAUGAAAGAACAAAUAGACGAAUUAACUUUAGAAUGGGACUGUGGCACUUCUUCAAAUCCACAAGUUCAAAAUACAAUACUUGAACACUUGCAACCCUCAACAAAUUUGAAAAGUCUCACCAUCAAAGGCUAUGGUGGAGUCAACAUUCCAAAUUGGUUGGGUGAUUCUUUAUUUGAUAGUAUGGUGUAUUUAAAGAUCUCCAAUUGUGAUAAUUGUAUACGGCUUCCGCCCCUUGGGAAAUUGGGUAAUUUGAAAGAACUCAAUAUUGAUUCGAUGCUUUCCAUAAAGAGUGUUGGUAUAGAGUUCUAUAGAAGUGAUAAUUCUGCUUUGUUUCAACCAUUUCCCUCCCUGGAGAUUCUACGCUUUGAGAAUAUGCCUGAGUGGGAGGAAUGGAACAUGAUUGAAGGUUCGACUAUGAGUUUUCCUAGUCUCAAACAUUUGUUGCUAAGUAAGUGUCCUAAACUUCGAGGAGACACACCUCACAAACUUUCUUCCUUAACUGAGCUUGAGUUAAGAAGGUGUCCUUUAUUGAUGGAGUCAAAUCAUUCAUAUGAUAAUAACAAUAUCAUAAUUAUAGUUCCAAUGUCAGAUAUAUUCAACAGAUUUAUGCUCCCUCUCAAUUCUCUUCGACAGUUGACCAUAGACGGCUUUCCAUCUCUAACAUCUUUCCCAACAUGCGGUCUACCAAAAACCUUGAAAUUUCUCAUUAUCAGUAAUUGUGAGAAUCUAGAGUUUUUUCCUCGUGAAUACUUGCACAAUUACACAUCGUUGGAGGAAUUGAAAAUAUCUUAUAGUUGUAGUUCAAUGAUAUCAUUUACCUUAGGCGCUCUGCCUGUUCUCAAGAGUCUGUUUAUUGAGGGUUGUAAAAAUCUAAAAUUGAUAUUAAUGGCAGAAAAUGUGUCACAAAAGAGUCUCUCAUUUCUUAGAAGCAUAAAAAUAUGGGAUUGUAGUGUAUUGGAGUCAUUUCCCCCUGGUGGAUUGACCACUCCAAACCUCGUUUAUUUUGCACUGUGGAAAUGUGAGAGGCUUCCUUCACUACCAGAAGCAAUGAACACUCUAACCAACCUUCAAGAAAUGGAAAUUGAUAAUCUACCAAAUCUUCAAUCUUUUUCCAUAAAUGAUUUACCUAGCAGUAUCCAAGAAUUGACUAUUGGUUCUGUUGGAGGGAUUAUGCGGUAUACCUGGCCAACCUGGGAACAUUUCACCCAUCUUUCAGUGUUGCGAAUUAACGGCGAUGAUACGUUGAACACGCUAAUGGGGCCAAUUCUACCUGCAUCACUUGUGACAUUAUGCAUCUAUGAUCUUAUUCAUACAAACAUUGAUAGGAUGUGGUUUAAAUAUCUAAACUCUCUCCAAAAACUUGAGAUUGUUAAUGCUCCCAAACUCAUGGCGUUGCCAAAAGAGGGAUUGCCUUCCUCUCUUUCUGUAUUAAGUAUCACUUGUUGUCCAUUACUGGAAGCAAGUUUGCUGAGGAAGCGAGGGAAAGAAUGGCGUAAGAUCGCUCACAUUCCUUUCAUAAUCAUCAAUGACAACAUGAUCACAUGAGUUUUCU